ACAAUGGCGUCACUCACGCUAGAAUUAUACAGCCGAUAAGUUUAAUACAAAAUUGUCCGCUUACAGAAAAACCACGCAGCAUCGUCAAGAAAACUAUGAUUGAAAUCUUCGAAAUCUCUUAAUUUAGAUGAUUAAUUGAAUCUUAAUUAGUGUUUAUAGUCAUUGAAAUCGAUUAAAAUGGACUUCAAAUAUCUGGGGGAGGAACAUUUAACCGGAUUUGAAAAGUAUAAGUACAAUUGCAAGGACACCAGCCCUUUAAGCAAUUACAUAAUGCAUCCUUUUUGGAAUAAAGUCAUUCUGAUUUGUCCAAAAUGGAUUGCCCCGAAUCUACUUACUUUCCUAGGAUUUCUGUUCACUGUUGCCACAUUUCUACUCCUUUCAUACUAUGAUUACGAAUUUUAUGCCUCAGCUAUGCAAUCUGUUGUCGCCCCAAUACCUCAAUGGGUGUUUAUACUUUCAGCAAUCAACAUUUUUAUUGCCUACACUUUAGAUGGUAUUGAUGGUAAACAAGCACGAAGAACCGGAACGAGCGGCCCUAUUGGAGAAUUAUUCGAUCACGGUUUAGAUUCUUUUACCGCUUCAUUAAUCCCGAUUAUAAUGUAUCACGUUUUUGGAAGACAUGAAUCUACCAGUUUGACUACUUGGCGAUUGUAUUUGAUAUUAUGGAACGUUUUGAUCAAUUUUCAUUUAACACACUGGGAAAAAUACAAUACAGGGUUAUUGUUUUUACCUUGGGGGUAUGAUUUUUCCAUGUGGUGUGCUGUUUUUGUCUUCUUGGUUGGAGGGAUAUGGGGUCAUGAAGCAUGGCACUUUACACUCCCCGGAAAUAUAUCGUCAGGUGGAAUGUUUGAAUUAAUGUUAUACAUUUCAUCGGCGAUUACUAAUGUUCCAGUGGUAUUUUAUAAUGUUUACGCUUCUUAUCGCGAUAAAACCGGAUACAUGCGUUCCUUUUCGGAGUCAUUUCGACCAUUCGUAUCGAUAAUCCUAUUUUUUGUCAUGACCACAUUAUGGGUUAUUAAAAGACCGGGAAUUUUAGAAGAUGAUCCAAACGCUUUGUUUAUACUAAUCGGAACCAUCUUCUCCAACAUUUGCUGUCGUUUAAUUGUUGCACAAAUGAGUAGCACAAGAUGUGAAUUAUAUAACUGGCUUUUAUAUCCAACUGGAAUUUGUAUAUUCGCUUCUGUAAUGACUCAAUACACUCAAGUGGAUAUUGCAUUACUUUAUUCUUUACUGUUACUGGCUUUAUUAGCACAUAUACAUUAUGGAACAUGUGUGGUACGAGAAAUGUGUGAUCAUUUCCAUAUAAAUUGCUUCAAGAUUCGUCAACAUGCAGAUUGACUACUACAAGACAACGCGUGAAAAAACGGCGUUGUCCCUCGGACGCCUUUAUUUCAAUUUUAAUUACUUUUUUUUAUAUAUAUUGAAAAGAAAUACUUUUUGCUUAAAAAGUUUUUGUUUUAACGAUUCUUAUAGAAAUGAUUUGUAAAUGAUUAACAUGCGUUGUUAUAAUUUAGGUUGUAAUUUAGUUUCUUUUUGUACAUUUUUUUUAAUACUUUGAAGGUUUUUUAUUUUCAAAUUUGUUACCUUUUGUUUCUGAGGGAAUUUAAUUGUGCGGGUAUUUUCUUAUCUUUUUGUGAUUAAACAAGGGUUUUUCUAAAACGAAUCUCAAAUGUAUAGAGAUCUAACCAAAUCGCCUAUAUUAUUAAUAUUAUUUCAGUUGAACUUGAAUAAUUUCUGUGAUUUAUCAACGUUUAUUGUAAAUUUUAAUCUCAAUAGUUAAUAAUUUAUGAAACAAAUAUGUAGUCAUGGAUUAUUAUUAUAAAAAACC